UUUAGUUUUAUGUUGUUUAUGUGAUAAGAAACAUUAAUUUCUAUGUUUUGUGUGUUUUUUAAUCGAUUGUUGGUGCCUCUAAUCGAUUCAACUUCAAGAUCCAUUGAGAACACUUGAAAAAGUUUUAUCGUCAUCAUCCAUGGACAAGAAGAGCAGAAGGUGAUGUUUCAUCAGACUAUUUUGGUUUCCAUAUUCAUCCAUAUCAGAGGCAACUGGUGAAGCGUUUGGCUCUUAGUAGUUUAGUACUAGGUUAAGCAACACCAGUGAGAUGAAGCGGCUAAUGGAACGAGUUACUCAGUUAAAGGAGGAUAAAAUUUAACAAAGGAACAACAACAGCAACUGCUUUAUGGUAUACUUCAACAUGUAUGUGUAAUAACGAGCAUAAUACCAACCAGGAAGAAUCGUUUUGUAGUUUACUUCAUGUUCAUUGGUUUUCAACAUUCAAGAUAUUUUUAGUCCAAAUUCGGAGUGUCAAAAUGCCUUCCUUGACUAUCACUUAUUACCAUCAAACUUCAUCGUAUUAAAGCCAUAGACUUAAUUUAAUCAAUCGACCAUCUCACAGUGUACAGUCAACCUGGCUAAACGUCGUUGUUUGUUUGAGUUUAUGGAAAACGCUAAACUAAACAGUCUAGCUGCGGCAGCGGCUCAAGCUAAUACUGAUAGAUUAGCUGCAUCAGUCGUGCGAUCAUUGAGUCCAGGUUCGUUAAACCCAAGUACAUCGAGUUCACAAACAGGAUCACCUAAUUUUAAUCACAAAAUAUCAGGCAUACCCUGUGUCGCCGCCGCUUCUAGAUAUACAGCUCCAGUUCAUAUUGAUGUAGGUGGAACGAUAUAUACUUCAUCCCUUGAAACUUUAACCAAGUAUCCAGAGUCGAGAUUAGCGCGAAUGUUUAACGGCUCCAUUCCCAUUGUACUGGACAGUUUGAAACAACAUUAUUUCAUUGAUCGAGAUGGAGAAAUGUUUCGUCAUAUACUUAACUUUUUGAGAACCUCAACAGCACCAGUCAAUGAAGACUAUCCAGAACUUGAUCUGCUGUACGAGGAAGCUAAAUUUUAUGCCAUUUCACAAUUAAUUAGACUGUUGGAAGAACUGCGAAAACAAAGAUUUGAGAAAGCACUCAGAUCACUAACAUGUCCUGUAACCUGUUCACGGAUAGCUCAGAGUGCAUCUGCAAAUAUUAACAAGAACGCCUUAUCCUGUUGUUCCCCUGGCCAUCCUGGUAUAAUUACGCCUGCUUGUGGUGGUCGACGAGCCUCCAAUUCUUCAACUUCAAUCACCACAAUUCCUCCAAUAACUAGUAUCAAUGUUAAUAAUAACAGCUCUGCUUCCGCCAAAAAUGCAGUCAACAUCGGUUCAACAAAUACUACUGCCUCUGCCAAUGUGACCCAGACUCUUAUGACCAAUUCAACUAACACUAUGAGUCCAACAUCUUCAUCUUUUUCGGAUCCCAUUGAGUCUGAUUUUCAAUGUAUAUCUUUAAAUGUGAGACUUGAAUGUGAACUUAUUAUGAUUAGUGGACGUCGUACAAUUGUGGAGGACAUUUUUCCAGAAAUUAUCGCAUCUCUCAUGGAUAGCAGGACGAAUGUCACAUGGAUUCAGGAUUCAAAGUACAUCAUUAGGAACAACAACAGCAACUGCUUUAUGGUAUACUUCAACAUUGACUUCUUUUUUAUACUUAUCGUGUUAAUUAACCAGCUAAUUAACCCUAACCCAUCAAUCAUGAAUCCAAACAUCAUUUCUGAUGGAUCAAUCUUUGGUGCAUCUGUUAACGAACUUAAAAAUCUAAUGCAAUCUCGAGGAAAGGAAGGAUUUGAUCAGCUCAGUGCAAGAUAUGGAAGUGUACUUGGUCUUUGUCGAGCUUUGGCUACAUCUUCCAAUGAAGGACUUUCUGGUUCAUUAUCUGAUAUUGAAAAUAGGAAAAAAGUAUUUGGAUCAAAUGAAAUUGACAGAAAGCCACCUAAAAAGUUCAUCCAAUUGGUUUGGAUUGCUGCAAAAGAACCAACUUUGUUAAUAUUGCUGGUUGCUGCCGUUAUCUCGCUGGGUCUUUCACUUGCUACAUCACAAGAUAAAUCAGAAGAAGCAAACUCCGAUGAAGGAACUGCUAAUUGGAUUGAAGGAACAGCUAUUCUGAUUACUGUGUUGAUAGUUGUCCUUAUUACCGCUUUCAACGAUUACACCAAAGAAAAACAAUUUCGAGGAUUGCGUGAAAGGAUUGACCAAGAAAGUAAAAUCUCAGCCAUUCGCGCUGGCGAAGCGAUUCAAGUUUUGGUCGACCAAAUUGUUGUCGGUGAUGUUUUACAACUCAAAUACGGAGACCUUAUCCCAGCUGAUGGGAUUUUGAUACAGAGUAAUGAUCUUAAAAUUGACGAAAGCUCGAUAACUGGUGAAUCUGAUCAUGUUACGAAAAAUCCCGAUUCGGAUCCAUUCCUUUUGUCUGGAACACAUGUUAUGGAAGGAAGUGGCAAAAUGGUUGUUACAGCGGUUGGUAUCAAUUCACAAAACGGAAUCAUUAUGAAUCUUCUUGGUGCUACUCGGAAUAAAAAAGUUCAAAAAGAUGAUAAACAAAUGCCCGAGUUAAAUGGAAGCCUUGCCAAAAACGCUUUAAAUAACGACGAUGACAAUCAAAUGUCUGAAGAUAAGAGAAAUAAAUCGACCAAAUCAAUCUUGCAAGCCAAGAUAACUCGAUUAGCUAUUCAAAUUACUUAUUUAGGGUCUGCAAUAGCAUUGGUAACUGUAAUGAUUUUAAUUGUAAGAUAUUGCAUUGAUGAAUUUGGAGUUCGCCAUGCUAAAUGGUCUUUUUCCAAGGAUUUACAAUUCAUUGUGAAAUUUAUUAUGGUUGGAAUCACAGUGCUAGUUGUUGCUGUACCGGAAGGAUUACCAUUGGCGGUUACUUUAGCAUUAGCUUAUUCGGUCAAAAGGAUGAUGUACGACAAUAAUCUUGUAAGACACUUGGAUGCCUGUGAAACAAUGGGAAAUGCAACGACGAUUUGUUCAGACAAAACAGGGACUUUGACCACAAACCGAAUGACAGUUGUUAAUGCUUAUAUCGCCGGUAAAUUUUGGCAAGUUUUACCUAAAAUAAACGAAAUACCGAAAAACCUUGGUGAUCUUGUGGUUGAAAGCAUUUCAAUCAACACUGGUUACACUUCUCAGAUUAUGCCUGAUGAAAAACCAGGUGCAUUGCCUCGUCAUGUUGGAAACAAGACUGAAUGUGGUUUGCUUGAUUUUAUCUUGAAACUGGGCCGUGACUAUCAGCAAAUUCGUAGUGAAACACCAGAAGAAUCUUUGUACAAAGUUUAUACCUUCAAUUCUCAACGUAAAUCAAUGAGCACUGUUAUCAAAACUGAUCGCGGUUUCAGAGUACAUACCAAAGGGGCAAGUGAAAUCAUAAUGAAAAGAUGUUCAUAUAUUUUCAACUCUGAAGGGCAAGUGAUCCAGCUAACAAAAUUUGAACAGUCUCGCCUUAUCACUGAUGUUAUUGAGCCUAUGGCUUGUAGCGGAUUACGAACAAUGACUGUAGCAUAUAAGGAUUAUGUUUAUGGUUCUGCAGCAUCAGAAAAUGAAAUUGAAAUAACCAAAGAACCUGAUUGGGAUGACGAAGAAAUGAUUAUAUCUGGAUUGACUAUCCUCUGUUUGGUUGGACUUGAAGAUCCUGUUAGACCAGAAGUUCCUGAAGCCAUUAAAAAUUGCAGAAAGGCAGGAAUAAUUGUACGAAUGGUUACCGGUGAUAAUGUUAAUACAGCACGUUCAAUUGCAUUGAAAUGUGGUAUUUUAUCUCCGCAUGAAAAUUUCUUAGUUUUGGAAGGCAAAGAAUUCAAUAAGCUGAUUCGUGAUGAGUAUGGGAAAGUAGAUCAAAGUCUGUUUGACUCUGUUUGGCCUAGAUUGAGAGUUUUAGCCCGAUCAUCUCCAUCUGAUAAAUAUAUUUUGGUUAAACAUUUAAUUGAAAGUAAACUCUUCUCAAGACGCCAAGUAGUAGCGGUAACAGGUGAUGGAACCAAUGAUGGUCCUGCCUUGAAAAAAGCUGAUGUUGGAUUCGCCAUGGGAAUAUCAGGAACUGAAGUAGCCAAAGAAGCAUCAGAUAUUAUUUUAACCGACGACAAUUUUUCAUCAAUCGUCAAAGCAGUUAGUUGGGGUAGAAAUGUUUAUGAUAACAUUGCUAAAUUCAUUCAAUUUCAAUUGACAAUCAACAUUGUCGCAUGUUUAGUUGCUUUCAUUGGAGCUUGUGCUGUAAAUGAUAGUCCAUUACAAGCUGUUCAAAUGCUUUGGGUCAAUCUUGCCAUGGACACUUUUGCCGGUCUCGCUCUUGCUACUGAACAACCUACACCUCAACUUUUAUUACGUAAACCUUAUGGACGAAAUAAGCCAAUUAUUUCAAGGCGAAUGGCAAGGAACAUUUUGGGCCAUGCAUUGUACCAAACUGCUGUGAUUUUAAUCUUAUUAUUCUAUGGUCCGAUGCUUUUUGAUAUUGAUUCAGGAAUGAAUUUACCUCUUAAUGCACAACCAAGUCAACAUUACACAAUUAUAUUCAACUGUUUGGUAAUGAUGUCUCUCUUCAACGAGUUGAAUGCGCGAAAAAUAAAUGAUGAACGCAAUGUUUUCGCCAAGCUUUUUGAUAACAAAAUCUAUAUCUCAGUUUUAAUUGGUACUUUAGUAAUGCAGAUUUUAAUCAUCAAUUUCACUGGAAUCGCAUUCAAAGUUCAUCCAUUAACCUUAGACCAAUGGGGUUGGUCCAUAUUUAUUGGAUUUUCAUCCAUUAUUUGGCACCAAAUUUUAAUUUCAAUUCCAAAAGAUAUUCUACCCAAAAAAUUCACUGUUGGUUCAUCUGUUCCUGAAUCGGAGGAAAUUGAAUCUGUUUUAACAACUGAGUAUCGACCAGGCCAGUUUACUAAGAAACAAGGACAAGUCCUUUGGUUCCGUGGAUUACAGAGACUAAGAGCACAGAUUCGAGUUGUCCAAGCUUUUCGGGAAGGAAUUGAUUCAAGGACUAUGCAAACUUGACGCGAUCUAACAAGGACUUCUCGCUGUAUCACAUAAAGUUAUAAACAUACUUAAAAGGAAAAACAUUUGUCAUUUGAUUAAAGUAUAUCUCUAUUUUCGAGAAAUUCGAGUACUAAAAUGUGUAAAUAUUAAUAUUAAAUUAAAGCAAAUGCUAAAUCUUUUCGAAACUCAA